AAUGGUAAUUUUUUUUUGUUCUCAGCCAUCGUUGUGAGAUCAGCAGAGGAAGAAUCAAUGAAGAACUUAACUACAAUCACUUGGGCGCAUGCCGUCAAUAAUAAAACAUAUCUACAAGCUUCUUUAGCAAGCAGCAUUUGCAUGUUGGAAGCCGACAUUGUCAUCGGAACUGUGAUUGGCAAGGAAGGUCCUGCCAUCCCCAUAAUGGCCCACCCACCAGCAACCUCAUCCGACCUGUCCUUGGCCGAGUUUCUGGAGACCGUGUCCCAGCACAACUUGAAGGAAUCUAAUCCCAGCAGUAAGAAAGGAGUGAAGCUGGAUUUCAAGAGCAUUGAGGCUUAUGAGGAGAGUCAGGAGCUGAUUGGUCGCUACCAGGCGCAGGGCUUACCAAUAUGGCUGAAUGCUGACAUCCUCCCCGGACCAGUGGAUGCUACCACGAAACCAGUGGAUCCUGUGAAGUUCCUGAAGCUGGGCUCCAAACAUGCCUGUGCUGUGUUGUCGGUCGGAUGGACUACCAAUUACGGAGGGAACAUCACCGAGGGAGAGUACACCAGCGAACAAAUCGGUACCAUGCUAAGGAUGAUCAACGAAAACCAUAUCAAUCAAACUGUUACCUUUCCUGUUCGUGCUGGUCUAGCAGCCAAUAGCCAACCGGUUCUCCUGGACCUUCUUCGAGAAACCUCCUCUCUCAACUCCACCAUGACAGUCUGGUCUAGCGAAGGUGAUCAUGUGGAAGUAGACCGUCUCCGCGCCCUGAUCCUCACUGUAGGCUUAGAGAGGACCUACCUGGAUGUCCCUCAGGAGUUAGCUGGUAAACUCCAUCUUCCUCCACCAGACGCGAAGGCCAAGAACUAA